AUGGCAUCCAAUUGGGCCUUUGACCAGGGCUCGCGCCGAUCAGGACCAAGCGUAGCAGAGGCCAAUACAGCCAUGACGACACCCUUGCCACCCAUACUGAGCCAGGACACCCGCUUCCUUCUCUCGCCUAUGCCCGCAUCCAUGAUACAAGGACAGAACCUAGGACAGGGACAGUCCAAAACUGCCACUUCGUCGUCCACCACAGUCACUCUCUACCCACUCGAAGCUGUACCAUCUCACUUGCUCUGCGCCAUUUGCACCCUGCCCUAUGAGAACCCGGUCCACUUCCUCCCCUGCUGUCACGUCUUUUGUCUCGAGUGUAUCCAGCUCUGGAUCGUCAUGAAUUUGGGUGACGAGCUCCUUCAAAACGAACUCCGACGAGCUUACCCUGCUGAUGAAGAGCGCCAAUGGAUCCUCGACGUGAUGGAGGGACAAGGAGGGCAGCAUCCGCAUCUGCAGCAGCAGUUCAUGGUCGAGCUCGCAAGGAUGGGCCACUCUCGUUCCCGGUCUGGGGCAGGAGCAUCUGGCAACAACAACUUUUACGAGAGCUUCAACCAUUUUUCGCCGGCCCAACAGCAAUUGCUCCAACAACAGCAAAUUCAGCAGCGGAUCGCGUUGUUGCUUGAGAGCCGGGUGAUGCCCAAGUGUCCAAUGUGUCGCACGUCGCUCCACAUUCAUGGAUGGGACAGGAUCGAGGAACAAGUCAAGGUCCACACCCCUACCCGACCACGAUCUGUUAGCCAAUCGGACGAAUCGACAAUGACAACACUCUCCUUUUCGGACUGGAUGCGAAGCAGCAUCCAAGGUCAAGGGGAAAGACCUGUCUCUGGAGUGGAACGACGCCGGCGGCACGACAGAUUCACAGCCAACAGAGUUGCCAGAGGAGGUAACCGAGGAGUGAGUCGCGAGGAUGCCAUUGGAGAGGAGGAAGAUGAAGAGAUCGAGAUGGAGCAUGUCCGAACCUCGAGAAGUCGUCUCAACCAUAGCAACAGCAGUGGCCACGCCAUGUCUCCCUUCCCAUCUGGUUCCUCUGGAUUAUCCUUUGCAGCUCGCCAUCAGCACCGACUCGAGGCUCGACAGCAGGACGCGUCUGACAUGAACGAUGACGAGGAGAUCCAGAGUCCUACAACAGCGGUGAUUGGCCGGCGCCCAAGCGAAUGGAUGCGGUACCAACAGCGACAACUUCAGGCUCAUCAGGAACGAGAACAGGCAAAUCGACUAAGAGCUGAAGCGGCUGCUGCUGCUGAAGAGGCCGGCGAUGUUCUUCGCCAUCACGCCAUCACCACAAGUCGCCUGAACGAACAGCAGGAGCAAAUUCGUCGCCUCUAUCUCGAACAGGAAAGUCAGGAAGAGUUGUUGCGGACGCUAACUGCUCGGGCAGCUUCGAUCAUUGAAGCAGAGGAGGAAAACCGCCGACAGGCGACUAGCUCUAAUACGACUUCAGUCAGCACAUCGGACAGCUCUAGUCAGCGUGGGUCUUUGUUACCACGCCACGAGCAGCAACUGGAACUAGCGCAAGUAGACCGACAACUUACCUCGCUCGAACAAUCCGGCGACCGGCAAGAGCACGUUGGCCGCCAGAGCCAUGAGCCUGAGCAAGAUUCUCAACGCGUGCCGCCGAGGCAGUCCACGCUCCAGAUCGACACCACGAUCACUCGACCUAGCAGUCGCCAAAGCCAAACCAGCCAGAAUGUCUCUACUACUCGAUCCCGUCAGAUCAGCUAUGACACUGAAAGUCGGCCAGAGCUGGCGGCAAACCCUUCCUCCAUUCAACAAAGCGAGGAUGACCAAGGUUUGCAGGACUCGACCACUCGUCGCCAAGGACCACAGGAUCUGACGGAGGAAGAACAGCAGUCUUCAGGGAACAAUGUUGACAACAGUAUACUCAGCAUCAUGCAGCAGGGGACCCUUGCUUGGGCGGAGCGGCCUUCGAGCCUUCGACUUGAUUUGGGGAGACAGGACGAGCCAUUGGUACUCUCAACCGGCGAUGACGACGAGGGCGACAUGAGUGCUUCCGAUUCUGUGUCCGACUCGACAAUGUCUUCAGCAUCGUCAGAUAUCCAACUGUCGCCCUCCAACGAAUCGACACUUUCAUAUGGAACUACCUCGACAUUUUCCCACAGUAUCAUGAACCAGACCUCAGUAGGAACACCAUUUUCGCAGCGGUCAUCUACUCAUCCUAAUUGGGAUCGACACUCGCUUUCUCUGCAAAUGCCCACAAUCGAGACAGAAGACACCAGCGUCGAUGCCAGCCACCGACGCACUCUGGACAGUUUAGUUGAAGGCGAGAGGGAGGAAUUUGACGAGCAGCCAUGGAGAGACCACCCGCGUGAGGGAAAGGAUGAGGAGAGCCACACCAGCUACCGCAAGGAACACGAGGGCCUGGGUUGCGGAGAGUUCUCGGGCUCGACUCUGAAUCUCGAAAUGUCGAGGGCUGAGAGCAAGAGUAGGGCCGAGGGACCUGUGGACGACAUUGUCGAGGAUGAUUCACGGCCUUCGUCUAGCUCAUCUCAAACCACUGGAGAUGCAAAUGCUCUUAACACCGUUGGUCAAGAUACCCGCGCCGAAGGACCAACUGUCGAUACCCAAGACACCUCAUCUCAACCAGACACAGUGCACGAUCGGGACUCGACUGGAACCUCGUCUGUCUACGGCUUUCAAUUUUCUCAGUCAGCCUGGGUCUCCAGAUCCUCAGGCGCGUCCCCUUUGGUCCGCGAGCUCGACAUCCAUUGCCCUAUUAUCACUGCAGAAGGAUCUGUCACCACCAUCGCCAACAUGCAGAUCGACGCAGAUAUUUUAGCACGAGCCCGAUCCAACUCGGUCCUUCUCUCCGAUGACGACCUGCCCAAUGUCCGUGAUCGCCCUUCGCCCAUCGACUCGCCGAUACCUACGCCUUCUACUGCUCGACCACGACAACGUUUCCCAGCUGGAUUCCCCCUUAUGGAUGACGAAGGACAGCCAGAGGAGGAAGAUGAGGAGGAAGAAGAGGAAGAAUUGUUGGUGACGGUGAUUGAGGAAGAGGAGGAUCGGGAAGCAACUCGUCAUGAGUCAGGAUCAGCGCCUGAGGAGCACUCUGAUCCUGCUGCUAAUAUUGCCGAGUCUGUUAUUUCGUCUGCGGAACCUGAGGUUGUUGAGGCACAGGCUGCAUCUGUUUCUACGCCUCAGUUGACUGCUUCGAGCGAAACAGAGGUCGUCGAUGAAGCGCAGUCUGACAAUGCUGUCGUGGCCAUCGCUUCUCCUCCUUCCAUCCAACCUACGGUCGUGUCAGAAAGCAUUCAAGACCCUCUCUCUGCCGCGAUUGCAGGCGAUUACUCACCAGCACUGUCGCUCCCGGUGGAUGUUCCUUCUGUGGAUAUCGAGAGCGCCAUUGACAGCGUAGACCAAGACCAGCCUGUCACAACGCCUUCCAUUGGACCACUCCGAGAAAGUCUAAACUCUCCACCGCCUUUGCCUUUACCUCUUGCCACCGCCGCUGCUGCUGCAGUCCAAGGUCAGGAAGUAGUAGCCUCGGAACCAUCGACCCGCGACGUUUCGACCUUGGAGAGGGAUAUCACUCUUGACGAAGAGUCAUUGCUCUAUAUUCGGCCUUCAAGAGUUUCGAACAUCCAUUCCUCAGAGGACCAAGGGCUUCUGGGCGCAGCAGCUCCAGAGAGAGCAGCAGCAGAGCCUCGGCUGUCACGUAGCACAGAGGAGGUCGAGCAAGAACCAGAGCCAGAGCCAGCAGCACAGUUCCGGACAGUUGUUCGAUACCAGCCCCGCUUGCCCAAGGCCCAUGUGAUGUCGGACCUUAUUUCGCAGAUUCGAGUCGAGUGUCCUAACAAGCAGUUUGGUUGCGCAGAUACGAUGGAGAUGCAAAAGACCCUUCAGCACGGUCGGGACCUGUGUAAUUUCAGAAUGGUAAUGUGUCCCCGAGCAAAGUGCGGCCUCAGGAUGAGAGCUGAUCAGAUUUUGGAGCAUAUCUUGAUGGUGGAGCCUAGCAAUGGUUUGGGAUCAUCUUCAUCCUCGUCGUUGUCGACUCCUCCUUCUUCUGGUGGUCCUUCAUCUGCGCGGUCGGCGUCUUCCAACUCUGGUCGCUCACACAAGAAUGGAAACACUCGAAGCAAGACAAAGCUUAGUAGCAGCCAGUUUAGUCAAGCCAGUGACAACCAGCAGAACAGCGCGUCUUCUGUGGUUGCUUCUGCUUCUACUGUGAGCCCGAACCCGUUGAUCCCAUCGUGUCCUGGCCUGACCUGGGAGCGCGAACAGCUGACCAAAGCAACCGGCAUCAUUGGUCACUUGACGGAGGAGAACUCGAGUCUUCGACAGAUGAUUCGGCAACUGACGCUUCAGAACACCAAGCUGACCAAGGAGAAGGAUCGUCUUCAGCGUUAUGCGAACUUGGGACUUGGACGGGACUAG